CCAGUCUCCCCAAUACGCCCGGAAGAAUCAGUGACUACAAGAGAAGAGAUGACCUUUGACGACGAGCAAGAAACAGGCACGGUCUCGCCACAAGGCCACGAGACCCCAACCAAACCACCUGCCAAAGCGCCGUCGCCUCGCCCACGAGUUUCCUUCCAAGAUGGUCACGAAGAGAUCCCGCCAACGAAGCCCCCACGACCGAUCAGUCCAAUGCAGCAGGCAGAGAAUACUUUGAUUGAGGCCUUCCCAACAAUUGACACGAAAGUUGUCAAAGCAGUUCUCAGUGCUAGUGGCGGCAAAGUGGAGCCAGCUUUCAAUGCCCUGCUGGGCAUGUCGGAUCCAGAUUUCAAGCCAGAAGAGCAGAUUCCCGCCCCAGCGCAGCCACCGAGACCGGCUUUGCGCAACCCUAUGAGCCAGCUUGAGGCAGACGAGAUGUAUGCGAGACAACUGGCUGAGCAAUACAACAGUGCUGGUCAACGUUCGCAGACUCGCUACAAUCAACGAGAGCCAGGCGCACGUCGUCCGAACAAGCAGCGAUUCGAUGGACACGACGAGCACGAGCGCAGCUUCUUUGAUGACGAGUUACCAGAGAUUGGAAGAAACAUCCAGCAGGGCUUCAUGGAGACACAGAAGACGGUUACGAGUUGGAUCAACAACUUCAAGAAGAAGAUCGACGGCCAGGACGAAGACGAGGAUCUCUACUCGUCUUCGCAAGCCGGCUCUCGACAGAACACUAGCGAAUGGCCGGGAAGACAGAACUUUGGCCCUAGCCAGUCAGAACAGCUGCGUGGUAUAAGGCGAUCUGCAGAGCAGCAGCGACGGAGCACUGAGGCGCAGAGAUACGAUGCUGAUCCACGCGAAUUUGACGAAGGCGAGUUCGAGCGCUUAGAGUUGAGGGACGACGAGGCUCCACCGCCACAGCCGCCGAGGACGUCCUCUCGUAAGACUGCCAAUCCUGAUCUCUUCAAGCCGCAGCCCAAGCCUCCGCAGAGCGGGCCAGUAGAUGAAGUCGACGCCGCGGAGCGAAAGCAAGCUGGAAACGCUGCUGGCUCGGACAAGGCUGCUAAGUGGAAGCCCCUAACGAGCGUUGCGCCAAACCCAGAGGACGACAACGAUCCAUUCUCGCUUGGCGACGAUGAGGAAGACAAGGACAAGACCGACGACCUGAGGAAGGAGGACACUGAGAGGCUCAAGGAGGCCGCUCGCAACAGC